CCAUAUGUUGUAUAUUGCCAGCAAUCUUAUUACCAACAUGAAGCCAAUUAUUCGGAUCGGCGCCCUCUGUCUCGUGGUCUUCGUCCUCAGCAACCUGGAUGUUUUGAGGGCGCAGUAUACUCCUUCCUCCUCCUCUCCGAGUACUUCUAGCCAAGGUAACCCCAAGCAGGUGUACGUAUCGAAUCUCACGUAUACGGUUGCGAGGAAGAUCCGUGUGGGCUCCACAACGGCCAGCAGCACCCGUAGCCGGAGUUCCAGGACCAAUAGCAACCGGAAACUGAACGCCAAGAGGAGCCAGGCCAAACGCAGCCAGAGGGCGAACCGGAAGUCCGACAACCGGAAGACGAACGCACGCCGGGUCAGGGGUUAAACUCUCAUCCAAGACAUUGUUUUUAUUUUAAGACAAUUGGUUUUUAUUUUGAGCUCGUUCUAAACACAAAACACUUAAGUUUACCGUCGCAACGGGCGAAUUAAAUUAGAUAAAUACGUAA